AUGUACCUGCCACGCGAAUUGAUCUCUCAGCUCUACACGAACCUUGUCCGCUCCCAUCAUCCUCUUUCUCCGCCAGUUCUCCUCCUGGUAGCACUAGAACCCGACGCAUUAUGCGCCUGUCGAAUCCUUACCGCGCUGUUCAAGCGCGACUACAUACCCCACAAGAUUCAGCCAGUCUCAGGAUAUGCAGACCUUGCAAGAGCUGGGGAGGAUCUCAUACGGCCUAUGAAAACGUCAGAGGGCGGUAGCGGGGGCGUGGUUAUCUGUCUUGGAGUGGGAGGUCUAGUAGACCUCGGAAGCCUGCUUGGUUUAGAAGAUGAAAACUCCUCGGAAGCAAUGUGUGGUGUUGAGGUCUGGGUGUUGGACGCGAGACGCCCCUGGAACCUCUCGAACGUGUUUGGUGGGCUUCCUAUGGACGCACAAACUGCAGAGACAGACACAGCUAUGAGGAGGACACCGGGUGUGGACAAAGGCUGCAUCCAAAAAUCAUACAGGUCUGGGAGGGGCGGUAUAAUUGUUUUUGACGAUGGAGACAUUGCCACGGAACUCGGCACGGAAAGAGAGGCAUACUGCACGCUCUCGUCGAUGCCAGAUGUGGGGGAAGAUGAGAGUGAUGACGAAGACUCUGGAGACGAAGAUGAAGACAGCCAGGACACUUCGUCUUCUAGGAAAAGGAAAUCUUGGUCGGACAGAGACGACGAGGGCGACGAAAGUGAAAUGGACGAAGAAAGGCCGCGACAGAGACGAAGGAGUAAUUCUGGCUCAUCUAUUGCGUCCACCCCCAGAAGCAGGAGUCCGUCCUCUUCCCAAUUGACUUCACCAGUCUCAAAACCUCAAUCCCCAGGGUUGCAGACUGCAAAACAACUCCGCAAAAGGUUACGAAAACUACGAGAGAAGCACGAGCGAGUGCUGCAAGAAUACAAUGGCCUGGGCACAUCGUAUUCUGAGCCCAUUGCCUCAAUGGCAUACUCCUUGGCCACGGAUUUGGGCCGUGAAGACAACGAUCUCCUCUGGCUUGCAAUCAUUGGCGUCACGUCGCUGGAACUCUAUGGCCAUACCUCGACUGGGCUGGGGACUUCCGUCUCUAUCACGAACACACACGAACAUCACAGGUCGUGGCGUGCCACAAGAUCUUCUCAGACAUAUGCUCUGCUCCGUGACGAAGUACGGCGCCUCAAUCCUCCGCCGGCGGACCGGUCACCUACGAUAUCACCAAGUGGAGGUGGCACGAGCUCCCCUAGCGACACAUCUAUUCGCCUUACGCCAGACCCCCGAUUCCUCCUAUUGAGACACUGGUCCUUGUAUGACAGCAUGCUCCAUUCCCCCUAUCUCGCCUCACGCCUUCACGUCUGGAACGAGUCCGGUGUCAAGUAUCUUCACAAGCUUCUCGCCAAAAUGGGAGUCAGCCUUACCCAGUGUAAACAAACCUACACACAUAUGGACAUGGACCUUAAGAAGACGUUGCGAGAACGCCUGCUGAAGUACGCUGGCGUGUAUGGACUUGACGACCUCGUUCCGUCUGGAUCUGGUCGGGCCUCGUACGAGCAAGAAGGAUGGGGAUUCAUCCGCUCGUGGGGUUGGAAAGCCCAACUCUCAGCAGUGGAUGUGGGCGUUAUCCUCGGCGCUAUACUGGAUAUUGGCACGACACAUACCCCUGCCGUGUCAAACCCAGCGGCCCAGAAUGGUUCAUCGCAGCGGACGAAUAUAGCAGAUGAUGUGCCCGACAGAUCCGAGGCCUUGUUACCGCGUUUCUUCGCGGCAUACGACGCACUAGCUCCCAACCACCCAAGCCAUCUCUUGACAGCGAUUCCGACAGCACAGCAUCUUCUGAGGUCUAUCCUACGGACCGGCUCGUCGCUGAUGGUCAAGCAUCAGAUUCGCCAUCUACGUGCCUUUCGGAUGGGUGUGGUCAAAGAUGGGCCUGAUCUUGGAUUAUUCGCGAAUAGUCCUGGGGCGCUUGUGAAGCUGGCGCUGUGGGUCGGCGAGGCUGUCGCUGUCAAAGAGAAGGAUAAGAAAGGUAGCGAAGCUCCAACGCCAUUGGUUCUCGCGGCACUGGAUGAGGCACGCGGCACGUAUGUUGUCGUCGGAACAGGAGGAGGCAUUGGAGGCUCUGAGGAUCUCGAAGCUCGCAAAGAGAAGGCCGAGCGCAAAGCCAAACGUGAGGAGGCAAAGGAGGCCAAAAGGAAGAUCAGAGAGGAGAAAAGGGCGGCGCGGAAGGCAGCGAGGGAGUUGAACGGAGAUGAUGAUGUCGACGAUGGAGAUGAGGACAGUGAGAGCAGUGAGGAAGAGGACGAGAGCGAAGAUGAGAGCGACGAAGAGGACGAGGAAGAGUUGGCAAGGCGGAAGAAACGAGGUUAUGGACACAAUCGAUUCGGCAUUGCUUUUCAAGAGGUCGUGGAAGAGACGAAUGCAAGGGUCAAAAUUGAUAGCUUUGAUCAUUGUAUUGUCGAAGUCAAGAAGGAGGAUCUGGGAGGCUUCUUGGAAGGGCUGAGUUUGAAGGCCGUCGUAGGAAGAUGA